AUGGACGGCGACUCGAAGAAGCUGAGGGUUCGGUUUUCUGGAGUAGGAAAGGGAGGAAGAGGUGGACGCCAGACCUCAGCCAUACCACCGCAAGAAAGCACGCCUAUUGGAAGAGCGGAAAUGAACAGCAGUGGGGAAUAUGAUGCUUCAUUCGCGGCCACAAUUGCAGCAGCAGCAUUUGCAAUCGCUGCCCGUGAAGAGAAGCUUGCAACUCAGAAGAAGUCUGUCCCCAUCGAGGAGGUGUCCCCAGCCCUGUCGCCAGUCAAGAGAGGUGAAAGCACCAAAAAACCUGCUGGAGGCAACAAAAUCGCAAGAUGGUUUAGCGGCAAAGAGCCUCUAGAACACGACGAUGACAGUCCAGUUAACGUAUCGGUAAGGAGGCCACUGAAACCAGCACCUGGAAAGCCUGAGGAAAUGCCUGCAGAUCACAAGGUGGCACCCAAGACGCUUGAAACUUCUCUGAGUGUGAAGAAGGGUUCAGGAUCCUCCAGCAAGUCAAAAGACAGGAAAGGGAGCAAGAAGUUUGAGCAAGAACAGGCUGUUCAGAAAGCGCCGUCGACCGUCAGGCCUGCUACAUCAUAUCAUUCUAGAUGGAAUGGAGAAGACGCAUCAGGAGUAACUGCUAUUGGCGGCACGGGAUCUAAGGCUGAUGAAUGGGAGAAGGCAAAGCUUGCAAGAGUUAGAGAGGAGUAUGAAAAGAUGAUGGAGACCAUAGCUGAAUGGGAAACUGAGAAGAAGGUGAAGGCGAGACGCCAAAAAGAACAGAAAGAGACUGAGCUGAACAGAAAGAGAGCAAAAGCACCAGAAGAAUACAACCAGGAGAUGACAAGGAUCAGCAAAAUUGCUGGAGGAGCAAGGUCAAUGGCAGAAGAACGAAAAUACAACGAUGAGAAUAAGAUCAAAGAGAAGGCGCGCAAGAUACGAUCCACAGGAAAGCCUCCCCGCACAUGUGCUUGCUUUUGA